AUGGGUGUUCGUCCUUUGAUUCGGAGGACUCGAACCAUCCUCCGCCGCAUGUCUGCGGAUGGCGAGACGGACGAGAACUCCAUCGAGCAGCCGGCGCUCCACCAGAGCAAGAGCCAUCCCAAUUCUGACUCGCAGCGCGGGGCUUCUCAGGCCUUUGGUAGCCAGGGAGCACGCGACUCAAUACCCAACAGGAACACCCAGCGUGGUGUCCAGGAUGUCGAGGCUGUGACGCUGACCUGGUCCAAGGGCACUCUGAUUGCAAUGUUCAUCAACAUCUGGUUCCUUUACUUCGUCAGCGCGUUCCAACUGUCCGUCUCCAGCAGUCUCAACCCCUUCGUCACCAGUUCGUUCAAAGCACAUUCGUUAUCUGCAGUUCCAACGGCUCUCGGCGAUGCCUUCGCCGCCGCGACGUAUCUCCCGAUGGCAAAACUCAUGGAUGUAUGGGGUCGAGCGGAAGGAUUCCUCUUCAUGGUGUUAUGUCUGACAGUAGGGUUGAUUAUCAUGGCUGCCUGCAAUAGCUUCGAGGCCUACUGCGCUGCGAACGUCUUCUACUAUGUCGGGUUCUAUGGGAUGGAAUACGCAAUUGACGUCGUGACGGCUGAUGCUUCUAGUCUGAGAAACCGUGCCUUCGCCUAUGCCUUCACCUCGUCCCCUUAUAUUAUCACCGCAUUUGCUGGACCGAAAGUGGCAGAGGAAUUCUAUUACCAGGUCUCCUGGCGCUGGGGAUUUGGUGCCUGGGCGAUCGCGACGCCAAUUGUGGCUCUCCCUCUGUAUGGGAUCCUAAAGUACAACCUGCUCAAGGCGCACAAGGAGGGAUACAGGGUCAAGAGACCGAGUGGUCGCACCGUGUGGGAAAGCAUUCAGCAUUGGACAGUUGAGUUUGACUUGCUGGGAGUUUUCAUCUUUACUGCUGGCCUUGUGCUCUUCCAGCUUCCGUUCGACAUCGCCAACUAUGCGCCGCAAGGCUGGGCCACAGACUACAUUAUCGCCAUGCUCGUUGUCGGAUUCUCAAUGCUAUUCUUCUUUGCUAUCUGGGAAAGCCUCCUCGCUCCAGUUCCGAUCUUCGAGUGGCGUUUGUUAACCAAUCGAACCAUCAUCGGCGCCGUGCUGUUGGAUGCCACAUACCAGCUGUCGAACUAUUGCUGGAGUUACUACUUUACCUCCUGGCUGCAAGUGAAUAAUAACCUGACCAUCACUACUGCGAACUACAUCAACAACAUCUUCGACGUCGUGUCUGGUGUAGUAUUGCUGCUUAUCGGCUGGGCCAUCCGCAAGGUUGGGAAGUACAAGUGGACGCUGUACUUCUCGAUUCCUCUCUACAUUCUCAUGCAGGGCUUGAUGAUCUACUUCCGCAAGCCGAACAUGAAUGUUGGCUACCAGGUCCUCUGCCAGGUGUUUCUGGCUAUUAGCGGUGCCAUCUUUAUCCUGGUCGAGCAGCUUGCCAUUCUAGCUGCUGUUGACCACCAACACGUCGCCACUGCCCUGGCUUUGUUGAAUGUUGUCGGCACCAUUGGAAACUCUGCAGGCCUUACCAUCAGCACCUCGAUCUGGCAGAAUACUUUCUUCCCAGCCCUUCUUCGAUACCUCCCCGAGUCGGCUCUGGACAAUCUGGACAUGAUUUACGAGGACCUUCCAACGCAAACCAGCUAUCCUGUCGGGAGUCCAGUUAGGACGGCGAUUCAGAAUGCGUAUGCGUAUGCUGAACUUAGGCUACUUGCUGUUGGGUGUGGGAUUAUGGUGCUUUCGAUUCCCUGGUGCAUGCUCAUCAGGGACGUCGACCUGAAGAGAAAGGUGCAAGUCAGGGGUACUGUGUUUUAG